AUACCGACAAUCAUUACUUGGACUCAGGGAGGAAAUAAUGUUUAUGUUACAGGUACGUUCAAUGGAUGGAAACAUAAAAUUAAACUAGUGAAAAGUACACAUGAUUUUAGUGCAGUACUUGAAUUACCACCUGGAACACAUCGUUUAAAAUUUAUUGUUGAUGAUGAAUGGAAAUGUUCAAACGAUAUGGAAACUGCAACAGAUCCUGACGGCAAUCUUGUCAAUUAUUUACAAGUGAUGGAUGAAGACGAUGAAGAAAAUAACGAUGAAUUAGGUGAUCUGUCAACUGUCUCAUCCUCUAGUUCAAUGUUACCAGCGGAUGAUAAACAAUAUUAUUCAAAUGUCAUUCCAACUGAGUUAUUGCAGUUGGCAUCAUUAUUAACGAGUGACGAUGAUGAGCAAAGAAGGACUGCUAUAGAAUGGGAGAAAAAACAACCUCAACCACCUACCUUGCCACCUCAUCUUGAUAAAGUUUUAUUAAAUUCUCAUACAGUGAGUGAAGAAGAUAAUUCAGUUUUAUAUGAACCUAAUCAUGUCACAUUGAAUCAUUUAUAUGCAUGUUCAAUUAAGGAUAACGUGAUGGCCUUAGCUACUACUUCCAGAUACAGAAAGAAGGUAAGGGAGAAAAGAGAGAGAGAUAUAUAUAUAGCAUAUAUACUCAUUUCUUAUAUACUUUUUAAUAGUACGUUACAACUAUGUAUUAUCGUCCUGUAUUCCCAAAAGACUAAAUAUAAACAUGCAAAUGCAAAUAAAAUAGAAAAAGAAUAA